AUGACUGUGAGUACAACCGUCCAUAAUAGCACGUCGCUGAAAUGUGUAGUCUUCUUCUACGGCACUUUAUGUGUCCCUGCCAUCCUCGCUCGAGUCCUAGGACACGGCUGUCAAAAUCUUACCUUUCAAGAUGCUCUCCUACCCGACUAUACGAGGCAUUGUGUUGUUGGCCAAGAUUAUCCCGCGGUAAUAGACAGUAAAUCAACUAGAAUAAUAUCAGGUGAUGAUGUAGAAGAUACCUCGACCAGAGGGACACUCGUUUCCGGCUUGUCAGUUGCUGAUGUGCUGGCCUUAGAUAUAUUCGAGGGAGAUGAAUACACCAGGAAGAUCCUCAAGGUCCAUACUUUCUCCUCUGCAGCGGCAAUCGAUCAGCUUCCACAAGAAUUAAUGAAUCCCAAUUUAAGAGAAUCAACCAUCAACACGCCCCCUUCAAUAUACGCCAAGAAGGAAGCGUGGGUGUACACUUGGAGUGCAGGGCUUGAUAGAUUGGAUCCAAAAGUCUGGUCAUUUGCCGAAUUCGUCAAAGAACGUGCCGACCAGUGGACGGGGAAAGAUACGACGGAAUUUGAUGAAAUUGAACAUCAUCUUGCUAUCCGAGCCGAGCCUGGUAUUCGGGAUGAAAAAUCUCAAUCUGAUUUCAAACCAACUGGGGUGAAGGGAAAGACCAAAGAAGGAUUUCCAGAUUUCGGUCGGAAUAUGUUAAAGUAUUGGGGUUUUCAACCAGGAUACGUGAACCUGAAUCACGGAUCAUAUGGCUCUCCACCUAAACCCGUCAUUGAACGUAUGAGAGCUCUCACAGAUGAAAUUGAACGAUUCCCAGAUUUGUUCAUGCGACGAACUUGUCGACCGAUGUUAGAUCGUGUGAAACAACGAGUGGCAAAACUGAUAGGAGCCGACGAACAUGAAUGUGUUAUUGUUCCCAAUACAACGCAUGGGAUCAACACUGUGAUGUAUAAUAUUGAUUGGGAGGAAGGGGAUGUGAUUGUCAUUUAUAAUACCACUUAUGGUGCUGUUGGUCAAACAGAAAAGUUCAUAUGUGAUAAAUAUCCCGGUGUCUCCCUUGAACAAAUCAGUAUCACCUUCCCUUGUUCUCAUGAGGAAGUAGUCAAGAAGACCGAAGAUGUCUUAGGACGGUAUAAUCAACAAGUCAACCCUACACAACUUGAAAUUAAGCCUGUUGGAAGAGGCGAGAAAAGAGUGAGGAUGGUAGUGGUUGAUCAAAUAGCUUCCAACCCUGGUGUUGUUUAUCCCUGGGAAGAUAUCGUUCGACUAUGUAAGAAAUACGGUGCGUUGUCCGUCGUGGACGCUGCACACGCAAUAGGUCAAGUAAAGACCAAUGUCAAAUUGGCAGAUUGUGAUUUCUGGAUCUCUAACUGUCAUAAAUGGCUCAUGGCCCAUCGAGGUUGUUCAGUAUUAUACGUUCCCUUCAGAAAUCAACAUUUGAUGCGUACGACUUUCCCAACUUCUCAUGCGUAUGAAUCAUCCAGGUAUCCUACUUUAGACAUUGAUGGUCAACAGGCAGGUCGACCUCGGUCUUUUGAGAUGCAGUACGAAUGGACCGGUACGCAAGAUUGGGCUCCUCUUUUAUCUCCAUCAUUCGCAUUGGAUUUCCGAGAAGAGAUAGGAGGGGAAGAAAGAAUAAUGGAAUAUUGUCAUACUCUCGCUGUGGAGGGUGGGAAACGAAUAGCUGAAAGAUGGGAAACGGAAGUGAUGGAUAUUCCAGGUGAUAUAUUGACUGCAGCCAUGGUAAAUGUUGCCUUACCUUAUAUACCUUCUCCAAUGUCUUUGAAAGAACAAUAUACCCAACUUAGAUAUAUAGAAGAUACAUUAUUCUCUUCCAAUUGUUUUGCUCCUUGUUAUGUUCACGGUGGGAAAUGGUGGACUAGGUUUUCCGCUCAAGUUUGGAAUGAAUUGGAGGAUUUCGAUUAUGUGGCAAAUAUAUUGGAGAAAGCAUGUUUGGAUAUCAAAAAAGGAUUGCAUCUUCAACAUCAUACGGUCGAUACAGAUCAUAUACAUCAACCUGCGGACGUACCAGCUCAUGAUGAGUGAUCAACUUUUCAACACAAAUCUUAAGGGGUAAGGAAGGGGAAAUAUCAUGCAUAGUUUAUUUUGUAU